CGCAGCGCCCAGCGAGUGGGGCGGGGCCUUCCCGGGCCAGCCCGGCCCCCUGGGUCCCAGCCCGGCCCGUGCGCGGGGCGUGUCCCAGCUGCAGCCCCGGGCGGGGAGCGGGCAGAGAAGUCGCUGCCCGGCUGGAGGAAGCGGCCGGAGCCGGAGCCGAGGCCGAGUCCGGCGAUGGCUGCAGCGGGGCCGGCGCAGCAGCUCCAGGUGGCGUUUGAGGACGUCGCUCUGUAUUUCUCCCAGGAGGAGUGGGAGCUCUUAACCCGGCCAGAGAAGCAGCUGUACCAGGACCAGAUGCUGAGGAAUUACCAGGCCCUCGUUUCCCUGGGCUGUUCAGGUUCUACACCGGACUUAAUCCACCGGAUCGAGCUAGGGGAGGCAGAGCUCUGGAUCUGGGAUGCCGAGAACUCCAGGGAAAGCUCAGGGUCUGAAAGCCUGUCCUCGGGUGAGUCAUAAUAAUCCAAUCCCUUCUGAUUUACACACCUGCUAGUGGAGGGCUCCUUAAUGUAAAAGGCAAAGGCAGAGUGAGAUCCACUGGCUGGGAACACAAGCAAGACAAACUGACACUAGGAUUUAGGGGCCAGUGUUUAUCUGGGAGAGGAAUGAUCCAUUGAGAGAGCUCCCCUCGGAAGAGGGUGGAUUCUCCAUUACUGUGAGUCUGUCAAUGGAGACGGGGCGUCUCUUUCUCCAAGCCCUGCUCUAAGGCCUGGUCUACACUACGACUUUAAUUCGGAUUUAGCAGCGUUAAUUUGAAUUAACCCUGCACCCGUCCACACAAUGACGCCAUUUAAUUCGAAAUAAAGGGCUUGU